AUGCCGCGCCGUGUCGCCACGGCAACCGCGCCGCCAUUACCCGGGGCUGGAGGCGGCUCCAGCCCCGGCCCCCGUUCCCCUUCCGGGGCGCAGGCGCUGCACAUGGGCCGCGGCAGAAUGACAGUAAAGAGAAAGAAGAAACAAAUUCAUGAGGAGCCUGCACAGAAAAAGAAAAGAGUGAAACGUAGUGGGAGCCAGACUAUCAUUAACAUUGAGAAAGGUGUUCAGAGUGUCAUUAAAGCAGGAGAUGAUGACUGGUUUGAGACAAAAACAAAGGCCAGGAAAAAGGAAAGUUUAAAAGAAGAUGAAUGUUUAGACCAAUUAAAUCUGAAGAAGAAAAACAAAAAAAGGAAAGUUGGCUCUGAAUUACCAAAAGAAACACGUUCAGAAAGCUUUGUGAAUGUAGAAAGCCAUCUGGAUUUAGAACAACAAGAGGAAUCAGAGGAACAAAUUAAAGUUUUCAAAAAGAAGAGAAAAAAAGAUCGACGUCUUGCCUCCUCCUCACUGGAGAGUAAUCACAGUAGUCAUGUGGAGCUUUCAAAUCAUUAUACAGAUGGUACUCAGGGAAAUGAACUUUUUUUCAGAAAAAGCAGAAAGAAUGUCACUUUGAAUUUGAAAUUGGAUAGUGAAGUAACUAAGAAAAAAAAGAAGAAAGAUGUUUUUUCUUUAGCAUUAGAGGACAUCCAGGACAAUGAAUAUAAACAUUCUAAAAAAGACUGUAAAAAAACAAACACACGCAUUUCAGAAGAAAAAGAUGUUACUGAUGAAAGUCAUAGAACAGAUAUUACUCAGAGUGAUGAGGAAGGUUGUAUGAGAAGAAAGAAGAGGAAGAAAAAGAAAAAGAAGUCCGACUCCUUUUUACCUCCAGCAGGUAAUCAAGGCAUCUGUGGAGUUCAUGAUAGACCCAUUGCAUUAAGUGACUUCAGAAAAAGACAAAAAAAGGAAAUUACAUUCACAGAUAAAGAGGAAGAAGACACUACUGAGAACUCUGAAAGUAUCAGAGAGACCAAGAAGAAGAAGAAAAACAAGAAAAGCAAAGACAUUUUCUCCUUAAUGUGUGAAGAUAAACAAGAAGUUGAGUCUGAGCAGAAAGAGAUGUCUGGAAAAAAAUGUUGGAAGAAUAACAAGGAUAAUAGUGAAGUAACCAAGAAGAAGAAAAAAAAGAAGAUGCAAAAGGACAAGGAAACAACUUACUCGGAAGUUUCUUUAAGCAAUGACAACACAUCUAACAGCCAAAAAAUAACGCUAUUAGAAAGCAACAAAAAGAACAAAGAGAGUGAAAUGAAGCUAGCUGAAUGUGUCACAGGGGACAUUGUAGAUACGGUAUUAUGCAAUUCCAAUCACAUGCUCUGUGACAAAAAAAGGAAAAAAAGAAAAAAAGUACCCCAGGACUCUGCAGAAGAGUCAGGUUCAAAAGCAAAUAUAAAACAGAAGAAGAUCAAAGGAGAAGACAUGGGAAAUGAGGCAUUGGAAUAUAUGGAUGAUGUAACUAUUGUGCAGGAAAAAAAAGGAAACUGUGAUGAAGUUAAUAUAGACAAGGCGAGGCGGCAGGCUCUACAAGAAGAAAUUGAUAGAGAAUCUGGAAAAACUAAAGUUUAUGGUUCCAAAAUGCAAACGGAUACAAAGAUUGGCCAGUGGAGUACAGCUGCUUUUCAAAGUUCUGAGCGAGGAAUGAAAUUUCUUCGACUGAUGGGUGGUUUUAAAAAGGGCUCUGCACCUACCCAAGAUCUCUCAGCAACUACAAACAAACUGAACAUGGCUCUGAACAAGGAAGGGGAGGAAAAAUUACAGCAGGCUCUGAAGAUGGAAUUUGAUAAAGCAAUGGACUUGAAACAACAUAGAAGAAUCGGUCUUGGAUUUCAACCUGCUGCCAACAAAAAAGUGUACAUAGACAAAUAUACAUCUAGAUCUAUAAAAUUUGAAGAUUAGAACUCUGAAGGAAUAAAAGGAAUGAAAAUUUAAUGGGUAAAUUUCUUUUCACAUUUUUUUUAACUUGAAAUAAAAUUUGAAAUGUUCAACAAAUUUGACGUAAGGCUUUUUAGUACAAGUUUUCAGCUGAAUGCUCCAGAUUAUGUGGAGAUGGAUCCUCACUUGAGCUCAACAGUAAGUUUUUGAAACCUUUACAAUAUUUUCUGCAGUCAAGACCCAGCCUCCCUCGAAGACUGAAGAUACAUGGACAAUGCCUACAGAAAGUUGAAACUUUUUUUUUUUUUUUUUUUUUAGAAAAAACAAUGCUGAUUUCAUGGGCUUAUUUUUAGCUGCAUCUUUGUGAUUCAGAAGGAUUUUAGCAUUCUGUGAAAUCUUCACAUUCUUAAACUCAAUGAGUGGUUCAAAGUGAUGGUUUCUUACUUUGAAGAAACACUACUGGUAUGCCUACAGAUUUGAUCGGGGAAACAACUCUGAAAGUGGUUUCUUAAAUAUUAGUAUCUUCAAUAUAAUAACAAAUACUGUUGAACAUCCUGUUUAUUUUAACUGUGCAGUUUGAUUUUUCAAGAAGCAGCUGUUAUUUGUAAAUAGAGCUAAAUGUAUUGUAGAUAGCAGCACCAAAUAUAUGGAUCUAGGCUUUCUAAAUUAUAGAAAGCAAGGUAAUUUUAAUAAUAUGCUUACUGGGUUCAGUAUAAAUCAGUUUGAAUGAAAUUUCUAAUCUUCAGACUUCCAGACAACCUGCACUCUGACUUUAGGAGUACAAAGUAUGAGAGUGCAUUUGUGUAUGUUGUGUUCAGAACUUUAGGGUCCAAAGCAGUCUCAGUGUCUUGUGGGAAGUUACAGAGAUAGUGGAAAACUGUCACAUAUUUUGUCACUGUGUGCCAUCUGUUACAGGAGCUAGUGUUCCCUAAGUUUUGGUGUAGUUCUCGUUGUUGAGCAGGAUCAGGUGACCAUCUCGUGUCUAUUCCUGCUGUAGUAAUAGUGGCCUCCUUGCAGGGGAACCCCCCUAUGCCCCAGCUCAGGUUAUUCUCUCUAGUUAGCCAGCUCACUGUUUUCCUGCAGUUACCUAUUCUUUUUCAUAAGAUCACGCCUACUAAUCUGGUACUUUUCUUGUUCUAAAGCAACCUUACCUUCCACAAUAGCCUUUUCAAUUGGACUGCUCUGCCUGAAAGCAGCUGACUCCUGGGAGAAAAUACACUUGCAAAACAGCACUUGUUCCGGUGCAUUUUGGGCAACUCCUAAGGGGAAAUUAAAAAUCACACAGAGGCUCCAGCAUAAGCAGUUGCCAUGAAUUCUCUCCCAUACCUGAGAAGGAGAUGCUGAACCACUUCCUACAGGCUUGGCUUCAAGGAAACCAUCACCUUUAAAGUGUUAUUUAAAACCACCACUAUGACAGCAUGAGCCUGAUUUGCACCAGUACUUCUCAAAGCUGUGCGACUGGCAUCAGCCAGCCUUUCUAGGCUUCAGCUGUUGCUUUGCCUCAAGUAGUGGAGGCUCUGUUUUCUGAUUUAAGACAAAUGCUGAAUUCUGGCCCUCAACUGCUUGCCUAGCAAAGAAAUAGUUAUAAAGGAACAGGUAGGAAAAUUUCAACUAAUGACUUCCUUUGAGAAGAGUGGGACAGGAGAGCACGUACAGAUUUCUGUUGCAGUGCUAGUCUUGGAUAUGUAGUGACCGGUCUUCUUGCAUUGCCACCAAUGAAGAUGCUGAAGGUGGUGAUAGUCCUGGACUUGCCUUUGGAGGAGGACUUCUUUCCCCCCUUUGGGAUCAUAUCAUGUAUAAAUGCAUUGCUCAACUUUCUGGCACCUUGCUCUUGAUAACAUUGUGCAUGUGAAAACAUCAUAGUUUGAAAAACAAGACAGACAUCUGGGGAAAAAUAACCUGUUCAAGCAGUCAAACUUGCUUUAGCCUGCAUAUUUAAUAUAUACAGAAGAUCAGGUCUAUAGUGAGUGGAGUGCUUUAACUAGAAUUAAUUUUGCUCUCACAUGGAAGUAAGCCAAAAGCAGUUGAUUAGAGUGGCGGUGUUAGCUUCUAAGCUAGAUGUUUUGCGUUUUCUCCUGAUAACUAGAGCCUUCUGGAUGUCAUUGAGCUAUUUUUGCACCAAUAAAAACAUCAGUAAAACAU